AUGGGUUCCUGCUUGUCUGCAGAAAGCAGGAGCCCACUGCCCGAUUCGCCGUCGUCUCCCGCCUGGGGAGUCAGGCGGCGCAAGAGCACCAAGAAGAAAUUGGGCUCUCGAAAUUCUUCCUUUGAUUACCGCCGGGAAGAGCCGUUGCAUAGAAUUCCCGGGAGAAUGUUCUUGAAUGGGUCAAGUGAAGUUGCAUCUUUGUUUACCCAACAGGGCAAGAAAGGGACCAAUCAGGAUGCCAUGAUUGUUUGGGAGAAUUUUGGUUCAAGAACAGACACAGUUUUCUGUGGUGUUUUUGAUGGCCAUGGUCCGUUCGGUCAUAUGGUUGCUAAAAGAGUGAGGGAUUCUCUUCCUCUGAAAUUGAGUGCAAACUGGGAGGUGACCAUAACCAGUGAGGAAGUACUCAAAGAGAUCAGCCUCAAUAAUUCAGGAAGCUUGAAUUCAGAUGGUACUCCCUUUGUAUAUGUUGAUGAAGAUUUCAGGGCCUCCAUUGAUAUUGAGGAAACAGACAAACACCCUGAGAUCUUUCAGACAUUGAAAGAGUCAUUCCUAAAGGCUUUCAAAAUUAUGGAUAGGGAGCUGCGAACACAACCAAGUAUCGAUUGCUUUUGUAGUGGGACAACAGCAGUAACUUUGGUUAAACAGGGUCGGGAUUUAAUCAUUGGAAAUGUUGGGGACUCCAGAGCUGUUCUGUGCACGAGAGAUAAAGAUGACGCUCUAAUUGCAAUUCAAUUGACUGUGGAUCUCAAACCAAAUCUUCCAGCGGAAGCAGAGAGAAUACGGAAGUGUAGAGGGCGCGUUUUUGCUCUUCAGGAUGAACCUGAGGUUUCUCGGGUCUGGCUGCCAAACAAUGACUCCCCGGGUCUUGCCAUGGCACGGGCUUUUGGAGAUUUCUGCCUCAAGGAUUUUGGCCUGAUCUCUGUGCCAGAUAUAUCCUUUCGGCGUCUCACUGAGAAGGAUGAAUUUGUAGUCUUGGCUACAGAUGGGAUUUGGGAUGUUCUCUCUAAUAAAGAAGUGGUAGACAUUGUAGCAUCAGCCCCAGCACGCUCUUCUGCAGCUCGAGCACUGGUUGAGACAGCAGUUCGAGCUUGGAGACAGAAGUAUCCAACUUCCAAAGUAGAUGACUGUGCUGUAGUUUGCCUUUUCCUUGACUCAGACUCAAACUCUGGAUCAACUGCUGCUAAUAACUGGUCAAGUGAGCAGCCUGCCACAACGGAUGAGGUCAAUGGUGGGACUGAGCAAGAAGAUCUCUCUGGGACAACUUGUUUGGUCCGCUCAGGGACUGCCCGAACUGGCAAAGAGAUUCUUCGAGAACAAGAACAAGAAGAAGAAGAAGAAGAAGAAGAAGGAGAGGAAGAAGAAGAAGCAAGUAAAGAUAACGGUGCAGAGGAAAUGAAUUCAGAGGCAGGUAAAGAGUGGUCUGCUCUGGAAGGAGUUUCCCGUGUGAACACAUUAUUGACCCUGCCAAGGUUUGUGCCUACAAAAGAAGACAAGAAGGUGUGGAAGAAGGUUUGA